CUUUGCACCACAGAUAGCACGAAGGAAAGCCAGAGGGAGUGAGCAAAAGGAGAGGAGUCAGUCGCUCCUGGGGAAGGGUGAGCGUGAGACAGGCUGGGAGAAGGAGAACAGAAAGUGUGUGUCAAACGGAGUAAAGAAGGGGGAGAAAAAAAACUACCCUAAAAGCACAUUUUAAAAACUCUGGCAAUUCAAGAAAGAAACAGGCUACGUUUCUGAACAUAGAGACAAUGAAAAGCUAAAGAAAAUUUUGCAGUUUCUGCCACAGCCUCAUAGGUGCUUGGGAAUGAAAGCAGAACUGCCUGUCUUUAACCGACUCUGAGAGGGGUAACUGGAUUAGGGACGGGUGCGCCAGUUGUUGUUUUUGGUUUUUUUUUUUUUUAACAUCUUAAAUCCUGAAAAAAAAAAAAGGCAGCAGCUCGGAAUUGAAUGAAUUGAUGGGCACAAUCCAACUUCUGGGCUGGAGAGACUGGACUUGGUCUUGCCAUUUCUGCUUCUUUGAAAGAGAAGACAGCUUGGGCUUCCUUUUAAUUUAGUUUUUCUCCUUCUCUCCCACCCCCCCAGCCUUCCCCUUUACUUCCCCCCCACUCCCUGUAUGACCACCCCCCUUUUAAAUAAGAGGGUGAAGGUGAACCACAGCGCACAAGGGAACUGACUCAGGAGGCAGAGAAGAUGGGCAUCCUCAGCGUAGACUUGCUGAUCACACUGCAAAUUCUGCCAGUUUUUUUCUCCAACUGCCUCUUCCUGGCGCUCUAUGACUCGGUCAUUCUCCUCAAGCACGUGGUGCUGCUCUUGAGCCGCUCCAAGUCCACUCGCGGGGAGUGGAGGCGCAUGCUGACCUCAGAGGGAAUGCGCUGCAUCUGGAAGAGCUUCCUCCUCGAUGCCUACAAACAGGUGAAAUUGGGUGAAGAUGCCCCCAAUUCCAGCGUGGUGCAUGUCUCCAAUCCUGAAGGAGGUGACAACAGUGAAAAUGGUGCCCAGGAGAAAACAAUUGAUGGAACCGAGUGCCACCUUCUUGACUUUGCCAGCCCUGAGCGCCCACUGGUGGUCAACUUCGGCUCAGCCACUUGACCUCCUUUUACUAACCAGCUGCCAGCCUUCAGCAAACUGGUAGAAGAGUUCUCAUCAGUGGCUGACUUCCUGUUGGUCUACAUCGAUGAGGCUCAUCCUUCAGAUGGUUGGGCAGUGCCUGGGGAUUCAUCUUCUUUGUCUUUUGAGGUGAGGAAGCACCGGAACCAGGAAGAACGAUGUACAGCAGCCCACCAGCUUCUGGAGCGUUUCUCCUUGCCGCCCCAGUGCCGAGUUGUGGCUGACCGCAUGGACAAUAAUGCCAAUGUAGCUUAUGGGGUAGCCUUUGAACGUGUGUGUAUUGUGCAGAGACAGAAAAUUGCUUAUCUGGGAGGAAAGGGCCCCUUCUACUACAACCUUCAAGAAGUCCGGCGUUGGCUGGAGAAGAAUUUCAACAAGAGAUGAAAUCUAGAUUAGCUGUUUAAAGGUAUGAUUGUAAUAGAGCUCUUUUUUUGUUUGUUUGUUUAAAUACAUGUAAAGGAAGGUAAACUAAGAACUGGAUCCACUAUUUCAACUGAGUCUUGUUGCCUCACUGAAAGACAGGAAUUUACAUGUCAGAAGAAUAUAAACCUCUAAUAUCUCAAUACUUCUUUCACCACUCAAAUGGCAUUUGGCUAAAUAGUAGCCCAUUACUUCUACUUUAAAAAAAAAAGAAAGAAAGAAAGAAAAAGAAAAUUAAAAAGCCCUGACUGAAAAGAUCCCAAGAUGAAGAGGAAGAAACCCUCUUUGAUACACCUGAUGCAUGCUUUGCGACCUGGAGAAAAGACUUACUGAAUCACUACUAUGUUAGGGAAACUACUGUCUUUGUUAUAUAAGGGGUAUUGCAUAGGCUUUAUUCAGCAUGGAUAGAGCCCAACUAGAAAAUUCCCAAACAUUUUUUUAUAAUGAGGAAUUGAAUCCAGGCCAUGUGGUGAGGACCUUGGUGUUUAACAUGUUAGAGUCGUUCCUAAUGUGCUAAUUUCCAGUCAUGUAGUGCUGUAUACUACUCUAAAUAUCCCAGAACUCACAGGUGUAUUUUUAGAUAUCAAGAAUGAUUCCCACCUGGAGGGUUAGAAUGGUCAUCUGAAAUUUGAGAGUUACUUUCUAGGCAGGUAAGGAAAGCACUAGAGGAAAAUCAAGUUGACAAGCUAGGAAAAGGAGGCAGAAAGAUUAGGAGGCUUCAUAGAGUUUCACCUUGAAGCGAUAAAGAAUGGGACAAAUUUGUUAGCCAUAGAAACAUUCACAAGGCCAGAGAAAUAAGAAGCUCAACUAAACAUAGCAUAAAGAAUAUACAUAGGAAAUCGAUGUACUUAUCAAUACUCCUAGAUUGAGGGAGAAAGGGGGAUUGAAAGGCAAAAAAACACUCUUCAAUAUUUGUAUUUAUGAGGGUUUUUUUGUGUGUGUGGAAUAAUUACUUUUUGAAACAUGUUUGUGGUGUGUAUAUUUUCAAUGGGUGAAUUAUACCCCAUAAUACCAACUAAAGGUAAAACCAGUGGAUCCACUAGUGCUGGUCUGUCCCUCUCCAUCCCUACAAUUAAGAUGUGGCCCCAGUUAUUCUUGGUCCCAAUCUCUGUACUGUGUAGAAGUGUUCUCUCUCUCUCUCUCUCUCUCUCUCUCUCUCUCACACACACACACACACAUUCAUUUUCAGAUGCUGUGGGAAGUAGGUACCUUAAGCAUUCAGCUGCAGCACUGUUUUCUUCCCAAAGUAAACUAUAAUGAAUGAUUAGUGCAAACAAAUAAGGUUUCUUCAGUUGCAAAAUAGAGGAAGAGAAAGUUAGUUUGAGACAAUUCCCAUCAGUAAUUUUGGAGACCUUGAUAUAAGGCAAUCCUCAAUAGUAUGGAAUUUGGUAAAAUGGAAUUCCCAUUGACAUUUGAAUUGGACUUUGGGUCUUCCUUUGUUCCUAUUAGCUGAGGUCUAGUAAUCUAAGGCCUCUAUAGAACAUUAAUAUAAUGUUAUUUUAAUAUAUAUGUGUAUAUAUAUGCCAUAUUUCUCUUUAAAAUGAAGACAUUAUAGUUUUACCUAUAAGUAAUAUAAGUAAUAUCUAAAUAUCAUAACCUCUAAAAGAAUAGACCUACUAAUUUUAUAUCAUAAAUUUUUUAUUGUAAAUUUAAGGAUGCUAUCAAUUCACAAUAUAUGGUUGUAUUUAUGUGUACAAUCAAAGGUUCUUAUGACCAUUCCACUAAUAAUUGAAUCAUAAAAUAUAACUAAUAGAAAAAGAUAUCUAAAGUUGGAAAUAUCUUCCUGAACUAGUUGCCUGAAAUGAAAAAAAAAAAGUGGGAACUGAGUGUGUAAGAACCAAAAGUCUAUUUUUUUAAAAAACUGGAGCAACAUAGUCAUAUCACUAGUUAGUCUAUUAUUUAGAGUUUUAAAGCACCAUUUUAACUGGAUUUUUUUUAUAGCAACAUUUAAGCUUCUCAAUAUCUUAAAUCCUCCAAAACAUACCCACAAAAAAACAAGGCAGAUUUUAACAAUGUGACAUUAUCUAAUGAAUUUCUGGAAAAAUCACAUUGAGAAUAGAUUAUUUCAGAGUACUCACUUGUUAAACUCUAUUACUCGAGGCUUCUCUGUGGGCCCCACUGAUUUUUAUCUUCAAAAUGGUGUUGAGAUUUAUGUGGUACGCAAGUGAAGAAUCAGUUGCCGUACACUCACACUGUUGUCCUUCAAUUUCCCCUUUGUUCUACAUGUACAAUGAUGGAACAGAAUGUUAGAGAAGCUGGUGGGGGGAUGAGAUUUGCCUAAGGCAGUCAGUGCUAGUCGUCUGGGGAAAAGGAUGGUGAAAAAUCACCCAGUUGUGAUACAUUUUUAAAGAAGGAGAGAGUUGUGUGCGUGCAGUUCCUCUCCCUGAGGAUAGUCCAAUGGAGAAAUGAAGCAGUGGAAGUAGACAUACAAAGGCAUAGGCUGAAUAUCAGGGAAAACGAUGUUCAACUGAACAUAGAAGAAUCACUGGAAGAAAGGCUGUGGGGGGGGGGGCAAUGGAGAAAGUGAAUUGACAAAGCUCAGGAAUCCUGUAAUAUUUAGAAUGGCUUGGUAUUAUCAGAAUUAUGAUAAGCCUGUAAUUAUGUAACCUAUUUAUCUCAACAUAAACUUUUAUGAUUUCCUGUGAUGUAUCUUUUAUGAACUUAACAAAACUCAUUAUUUCAGAUAGAGGGGAAUCGAUGCUUAGCUGAUAUUCUCAGAGUAAUUAUUAGAUUGUCAAUACCCACCCACCCUAUCCUGUCUUUUAUAAAGUAUGUUCCUUUGAAGAAUUGUAGUUCUUAUUCUCACAAGGAAAACAUUUUAUAUAUAUAUAUAUAUAUGUAUAUAUUUAAAUUUUAUACACAAAAUUUUGAGUUGUUCUUCUUAGUGCGUAAGCAUCUUUUCCCCCUGUGUUUACAUGGAGCUACAGUUUAGCUUUUUAAACUGAAUUACCUUGUCUAUUAUUGAAAUAGUCUCCAAGCAAUUUUAGAUAGUAUCGUAACAUCUGGAUUCUCCCAAACAUGUAAUGUUUGAAAGGCUUGUCUUGGAACUAUUCAAAACUUACUUUAUUUUAUUGCUUAGAGAAAUUAUUAGUGGAAUCAACAAUUACUUUCUUAAAUGGGCAUGAAUGAAAUGCCUGCACAGCAGUGUAGACGUGUUUGAUACAGAUAUUAAAACCUAACUGACCUCUUUAGAAGCAGAUUAGUUACUCAGUUUUUGCUUUGUAUAGCUAAAGUGAUGGUCAUUUAACUUAUAUGAUGUUUUAUAUUUAUGUUUUAGAUAUCUGGUCCUAUGUCUUCACCUUGUUUAUAGAAUGUAUCCCCUGAUUUUUGGUAAUAUCAACUUCUAAAAGGCCUAUUGAGUUAAUUAAAUUCUGCCAUUAACAAGGUAAUGCCUCUUCUAUGAUCAAGGAAGAAAAAAAGAAGACUGCUGUCUUUCAUUUUGCCUGAGUAUAUUUCACUAUUUGGGCUCUUGAAUAAAAAUUAUGAAAUAUGGUGAGGUCAUGCAUGGGUACUGCCUUGCUGCCUAAAGUACCAGAGGGGCAGGUAGGAGACAAUACCUAGGCCUUUGGGAGAAUUCCCAGCUGGAUACAAGGUAUCCUCAGCAUGCCCUACGAGCUAUGUCCAUAGCAAGAAGAAUGCACUGAUGUAUAGGACUUCCCAUUCUGUAAAUCCUAAGAAGAUAAACCUGGAUAUUUAUUCCACCUGACCUCUGACUGACGGUUUAGAAAAUAAGCUUAAUAAAAAUCACAUGGCCAUUGUAAAGGGGAAAACGUAGACAUUGACUUCCGUUCCACUGACAGAUUAAUGAAAAUCUUUGCCAGCAUUUCAAGCUUUUCAGAUGACAUGCCCAAUGUCAUCUCUCUCAGCAGUGGAGAUUAACAAUGAGACUUUUAAUUCUAGGAGCUUAAAAAAGAGAUAUUGCCAAAAAUCAGAGCUAAAGUGUUGUUUGAUAUAUUAUAACCUCCCUACUUCUUCCUCCUUCAUCUUAAAAAUAGACGCUAAACCCAACCUUCAUUUAUAAGUCCAGAAUGAAGCAUAAAUACAACCUCACUUGGUGAUCAGCAUUCUCUUGGUAGUGUCCUGAGGUGCUCUGUGAAAGAAGGGGACAGGACCUGGGAGGGUCAGGAAGUUGCUAACUGGGAAGAACUGGGCUCUGAGGGCUUGGUCUACUGAUUUGGGAAGAUUCAGAAAGAAACUUCUCACCAUUGGAGGAGGGCUGAAUGUCACUGAGUGACCUUAGGGGGAGCCAAAUAUUGAGCCACUUCCUAAUGCCUUACAUUCUGGAUAGCACCAGAAGCGAGGUCUCAGAAGUAAGAGACCCAGCUCUGUUCCACGGUGAGUCUGAACCAAUGGAAAGCAAACAUGUACAAAUAUCCAAACAAGACUGCUCACGCAAGUCGGGUCUUGUUGCCCGUCUUGGGCAGCAGCACCAGAGCUCCAGGGAGUUUAUUUAAUAUUUACUGAAGAGACUUCGAAGACCUAGGAGAUGUUUAAUGAAGUCACUAUUUUGGCUCAAAGCUCCCCCUAUCUGCCCCCCCCCCCCGCCACCCCUGAAAA